AUGCCCGUAAAGAAGGAACAAAAUGGCGGCAUGUCCGUGUUCGAACGUCGUCGCCUUGAGAACAUCAAGGCGAACAGGGAGGUCUUGACUGACAUUUCGAAAACGGCCAAAAAGGUCAUGCCGGAACGACCUGCUCCAAAACCCUCUGCACCCAGGACAAAGAGAACAUCCGACGUCACACCGACGAGAAGGAACACUCCCCGUGCAACAAGAACAAGAACGAGUUCGCGGCUGGCGGGCCUAGAUGCCGAAGACGAGACGCUGAAGAGGAAGAUGGAAAUUGAGACGGAGCACCAGGCCAUGCAGGCCAAGGCCAAGAAGAUGCGACACAACGGCGAACUCAACUUGGGUGAUAUCGCCGUGGAAGGUCGGAAGUUUGGCAACGGCGUUGCCGGCAUCAAGGAUCUCUUCCGGGGAGCUGAACCGGGCGUGAGGACAUUCACCGAAGACGAUGUGACGGAGACGACCGACAAGUCGCUUAAAGAGUUAAGGGGACAGAUGAGUGCGCUCGAGUUGUACGAGCAUUGGCUUCCCAAUGAGAUAAAGAUAUGCCCGCAGCGUAUCUACUCACUCGGAUUUCAUCCUACUGAGGACAAGCCUGUGGUAUUUGCCGGCGACAAGGAAGGGAACAUGGGCAUCUUCGACGGAUCCCAGGAACGUCCAGCCGAGGACGACGAGGAUGAAGAUACCAAGGAGCCCGAUCCUGUGAUAUCAGCAUUCAAAACCCACCAACGCACUAUCACAGGGUUCGUAUUCCCACCAAAUGAUAGCAACGCAGUAUACACAUCGUCCUACGACUCGUCGAUCCGGAAGAUGGAUCUCGAGAAAGGCACAUCCGUGCAGAUAUGGGCGCCCGAGGACCACGACGAGGACCUGCCCCUAUCGGCACUGGACAUGCCCUCGAACGAGCCGAACAUACUCUAUUUCUCCACGCUCAGCGGCACGUGCGGCCGAUACGAUAUCCGCGACCCCAAGUCCACCGACAUUUGGCGUUUGUCUGACCACAAGAUUGGCGGGUUUUCACUGCAUCCCUUGCAGCCGCACCUUCUUGCUACAGCGUCGCUUGAUCGUACGCUCAAGAUUUGGGACUGUCGCAAGAUCACUGGCAAAGGCGACCUGCGUCAUCCCGCGUUGAUGGGCGAGCACGAAUCGCGUUUGUCUGUGUCACACGCCGCUUGGUCCGCAGGCGGCCACCUCGCCACCUCGUCUUACGACGAUACCAUCAAGAUCCACUCCUUCCCGGAAUGCUCGACCUGGAAAACGGGGCACGACAUCACCCCUAAAUCCAUGGCUCCCGCUCACACGAUCCGUCAUAACAACCAGACGGGACGCUGGGUGACGAUUCUAAAACCUCAAUGGCAGAAGGCGCCACGGGAUGGCAUACAAAAGUUUGUCAUUGGCAACAUGAACCGCUUUGUGGAUGUAUUUGCCAGCGACGGCAGCCAACUGGCCCAGCUUGACGGCGAGGGCAUCACGGCCGUGCCCGCUGUCGCGCAUUUCCAUCCCAGCCAGCGGUGGGUCGCUGGCGGCAACGGGAGUGGGAAACUUUGUCUGUGGCGCUAG